UUAAAGCGGACUCAUUUCACUGUUACACCGAGCAAAUGGCGGUUGUAAUUUAGUGCAACACCAAGGCCUUUUCCGGUCUCUUACCACCCACCCACAGGAGGAAAAUGACAAAGGGAACGUCGUCCUUUGGAAAGCGGCGUAAUAAGACGCACGCUCUGUGCCGCCGCUGUGGAUCCAAGGCUUACCAUCUGCAGAAGUCGUCAUGCGGAAAGUGCGGUUACCCUGAGAAGCGAAAGCGGCGUUACAACUGGAGCGCCAAGGCCAAGAGGAGAAACACCACUGGGUCUGGUCGGCUGAGGCACCUGAGGGUGGUUUACCGCAGAUUCAGGAAUGGCUUCCGGGAAGGGACCACACCGAAGCCCAAGCGGGCUGCAGUGGCUGCCUCCAGCUCAUCAUAGACACACUAUGGAUUUACUUGUUAAAUAAAUGUGAUGUUGACAAAG